UUCCCACAGUGCAAUUCUGCGUUGCCACAACAACAAGCGAAAAAUUAAUGGCGGCCAGAGCUGAAAACAUAAGGAAGAUUAUUUGGCGCCCGAAUUGAAUGGUGGUUAUGUCUGUUUCAAGUGCCCUUCCUCGCAGUGUUGAAGAAAAAAAUGUUCAUCGCAGUGCUUUUACAGGAGAGACUUACCAUGGGAAAUCUGUUGGUAAUGCAAGGACAACAACAUCAAAAACAGAGCCGAACAUUCCUGUAGCUAAAAGCAAUUUAUCAAAAAUUGAAUCUGGCAUACUGACAGAGAAACAAAAAUUAUGGACUAGAGCAAAACCUAACGAAGGGGACAUUGAAAACCCUGUUCUCAAAAAGCUUCAAAAACAGAUCAAAUCCAGAAGAGAGGAGGUGGCAGAAAAUACCUUUGCAUCACAGGAAGUCAGGGGACUUUCUUCUGAUUUCAAAGUGAGCAAAAUAGAGAACUCAAAUGGAAUUUUAGAGAGAAUUCAAUUGAAUAGAAAAGAAAGACACGAUGCUAUUGUCAGUGAGAUGCAUGAAGAACUAGCAUUGAUAAAUUCAGAACUGGAACCUCAAAUUACAGAGGCCUGUGUAACUGUCAAAGAAUAUCUUGAACAAGACCAAUUGGAAAUAAUGAAGGUCAUUAAGUUGCUUGAGAACAAUGAGGACCUGGUGAAUUUUUCGCUGAAAGACUUAGAUGGUCUUUGGAAACAGGUUGAGAGUCACACACAAGUAAGGCAUUCAUGGGUUGAAGAGCUUGAUCUCACGCUGAGUGCAAUAGAGACGGACAGAGCGACUUUGAUCGAGGAGGUGUACAAGGCAUACACGCAGAGAUUAGUGAGAGUUGCCCAUCUAAUGCCACCAGAUGUGCACAGACUCAUGGAAGAUGAAUGCUUAGGUACAAACCAGACAUUGCUUUCAAACAAGAGAUACUGUGCUAACUUGAUCAAACGUUUGAAAAUGGCUGAUAUGGAGAAGGAACGAAAGUACUAUCUGCAUUGGAAAACAAGGGUAGAGGAUUGGAAGAGCAUGAAAACAGAGAUGGCAAUUGAAGGAUUCACAGCGUUGAUGACAAGCUCAGCUAUGAAUGAUCCGCCAAAUGUCCAUCAUGCUAUGAAUUCUCUUGUCACCGAGCAGACGAAUUUAAAUCAAAGAAGACUACAGCUUUUCAAUCAACUCAGGGAAAUGAAGCCACCUGGAUCUACAAAAACUGCAGUUUACCAAUGGCAUAAUUCACUAACCAGUAUAACUGAACAACUAGAUGAUGUCCAUAAGAGAUACAUGGGCAUAUUGCGUGUUAACUACGAGAAGGCCCUCUCUGAAUGCGAAGAGGAGUUGGUCAGAGUUAAGACUUUGUUGUUCAAUGAAGGUGUUUGUAAUGAAGAAGAUAUUGAACAGAUUUCUACAGAUCAUCUGUCUCCUUUGGUUGGUGAGAAGAGAGCAAGAUUUGAAUAUGAGCUCGAUAAGUACGAAAAAUACACUGAUGAAAUCCCUGCCGCUCAGAAGCAGCUGUUCAAAAUGCUGUUUAAAUUCCUACUAGGAGCUGCUCACGUCUGGGAUACCCAUGAAAUUGGACUGACAAGGGAGGAAAGAGAACUACAGGAGCGGCUGGACAAGAACAGACGGGAACAUGAUACACAGAAUCAGAUCAAGGAAGCAAAACUGGACAUAGUAAUGGAUAGAAUGAGACAAGAUCCUUCGGAGGAGGCUUUGAAUAUGAGUCUUAAGCAAUCUCUUGAAAUGCUGGAAGAAAUAAAGAAAUCGUACCACGAUUUCCAGACACUGCAGAUAAAAACUGCCAAACAGUAUCCAUUCCUGGUAGAAGGAGAAUUGAAGAGUUACUCUGAGUCUGUUUGCAGCUACUUUGGGGUUACUCUUAACAAACCGAAGAAAACGAAAGAGGAACUGAAAGCCAAUGAAGAUACCGGAGUUGAGGAGGAAGCCACAAAAGCGUCGCACGAAGAGGAACCAUGUAAAGACCAGGCGAUCCAUUUGUCAUCUGGAGUCAUUUAUUAUUUAGUAAAUGACAAGGAAGAACCAAUAGCACCUCCAGAUACAACAGCAACCACUCGAACCAAUUACACAUUUCUCACAGAUAACUUGGAUGAAAUGGAAGUUAUGCCGUAUGUGGCAAGCUUUGAAAUCAGUGACAUCCUUAUUGACGAGACCAAAGAAUUGAUACGAAAAGAUUUUCUCGAACAUCUCGAGUUUUGGAAAACGGACGCGAUAAAUAAAUCAGAAAAUCUUAUGGCCGCAAAGAUCGAGGAGCUUAACAAUGAGCUUGAUUUGCGCUUACAUCUGCAUGAACCGAGGCCAAAUAGAGCAGAGAAAGACGUCCACAACGUGAGAGCUGCCGAAUUGGUUGUCCACAGAGAACGGGUCACACAGCAUUGCCAAGGAAUCCUUAACUCGCUGUCAACAUUCAAAUCGAGGUUUUCAACCAUGAUUCACGAGCAUGAUAGCGAGACAGAAAAGUUCAAGAUCUCGGUUGAAUCUUUGGAAAAUACGUUUGUUAGUGCGACAAAGUCACAUGAAUUACUUUCAAUAAAAGACGAGGUUUCAAAUCAACUUGACGAGUACAUGAAGGUUAUUCGUGCAUCUUUGCGGAAAUUUAGACAAGACCUAGAUGAAAUGCUCAAUAAUUUGAGGAAUUCAAACGCUAGAUUCCGUCGAAUGCUCAAGAUAUUUUCUGAGGGUGGAAACUUUUGUCCUGAAGAGGUUGAAGAAUUUCGAAAAAAAUUGGAACAUAUGGCUACCAAAAUUGACAAUGCCGAAGGCUCAAUGAUGGCCGAGCUUGAAGGCAUGGAAACUAGACGAUUGGAUGCGGCUCAUGAAUACUCAGGGAAACUUGAAGAGAGAUUCAAACAUCACUUGUUCGAUUUGACCUACCUUGAAAAAAUAUCACGAUGGCUUACUAAUAUUCAAGUGAAGAUCAAAUCGGAGGUUGCAAAUAGCAACACACAAGCGCAGAAACUUGCCAAGAUGAUAGCGACAUUUGACAGGCGUAUUGAUGCUGUUUUAAGACCCAAUCUAGACAGAGAACAGAUUAAUGCAAGUCAGUUGCAUGAAACUCUAAUGCCAAUAUUGGAAGCGUUUCAUCACAGAGUAAAAUAUCUUGACUGUGCUGUCGAUGAAAAUGCUCCUUCGACAUUAGCAGAACUGCAGUCUACAUUGUCAAAAACAGAUCCCAAACAGGAGGAAACGAAACUAACAAGUAAAAGGUCUCGUAAGCAGAAGGGAUCCGAAUCAAGCAUCAGUAAAUCGUCAAGAACAAAAAUUAUUACAUCUUCCAAAUCAUCUACCCGGUUUGUGGAUAGCGAUCAACGGCCUGGCACUGUACCAGCAACAAGGAUUUCAAGUAAAGCAUCCGUUCUGGUAAAAGCAUCAUCAGAGUCCGACGGUGAGAAGCUAAGCAAAACGAAAUCGGGAAGCAGUAACACCCAAAGCAGCGUGUCGAAAUUGUCAACCAAAUAUGACAAGAAAUACUUAGCGUUUGGAGAUGGUACAGAAGAAAUUCAAGAUCAUUUCCCCGGUCAUAUAGUGAGGAUAUGCAGAGAGGGUCUGGAUGGCUUGCUCGUUUCCUCCGAUAUGUAUUAUCGUCAGAAAGGUAGCAGAUCUGCCACUAGGCCAUCAGCUAUCCAUGACAACUUUGAUAUGUGUGCUGAAUCGAUGAUUAACCGAUUGCAAUCAUAUCAAGUGCAGGCCGAGGAUUAUCGCAAUACUUGUAUUCAAGAACUUCGGGCACAAGUCGAAACGUUCGGAAAAAGUUUAGUGAAGUUUCCUCCACUUAUUAUGAGUCAUGUUUACAAACAGUAUUUAUCAGCUGUGAAAAGAUCACAAGAAACAUCAAGAAGGCAUUUUGCUACCACGUAUGAAUCCUUGGAGAGGCAAAAGAAAGAGAACCAAACACUACUUCGACCGACACUUGGUCACCCAGGCAAUCGAAAUGAGCUGGACAAAUUGCAAGCUAGCGAAGAAAGCAGAAAAAUUGCGUUUGCUGAUUUAGUUACGUCAUUCAUAAGGGAAAACCAGGAAAUACAAAGCCAGCACGCUAUAGAUUUUACAACAAGUUUGAAUGACUUGACACUGCAGCUUUUAGCCAAGUUUGAUGUUUACCUAACUAAAAAAGACAUCCAACAAGGACAGUUGAUACCGAAACCAAAGACAGAAAAGCAGCUGCUGAGGGAAAAGAUGUCAGCAGGAAACUCUGAAAAAACAAAGAAAGACAAUGAUGAGCCCGUGUUAGAGGAGUGGAAGACUUUGUCCAUAGACCAUGUGUUAAUGCCAGGUAGCGAUGAAAGUGGCAAAUGCAACCUGAUCACAACAAGGAAGGUUACUGAUGCACAUAAAGCUGUUAUUGAAGCAAGGAAUUUUGUUUACAAGGAAUGCGUUAAAAUUUAUAGGCUGGGUAUGGAUCAGAUAGAUGAAGAAUCAACGAAAUUUCAACAAGAAGCCGAAAAGUGGACAGAAAACUGGAACAGAUCGAUUCAAAAAAUUAAAGACUUGUACUAAAGGUAAUUUCACAUAGCCAUGUAUUUGCAUUUACCAUUUCAUAAGAUGUAAAUUAUCAAAAUAAUCCCAUUUUUAUAAUAUCAAGAAUGAUGAUGUUAUUGAGUAGCAACAACUACUUAGCAUGUGAUUAAGCCUCUGAAAGGGUUUUACGCGACACAAAGGAGGAAAUAUGUGGGAUUAUCUGAGUGACAUCUUGAGAGGAUAUCAGCUUUCUGAAAAUCUUUGGAUGGGUAGAUUUGAAACCUAUUUAUAAAAAUGGGAACCCAAACAAGGGCUGAGAUAGGCUUUGAAAUGUUUGGGGGCUUUGAUUUUGGC